AAGAUGUCUGGUUGUUGCUAGUGUGCGUGUGUAACAAGCGUAUCAGUCCGACUGAUAUCGCGGAAUUUUUUGAGCGUGCUCAAUAAACAAUGAAAAUAUAAAACGAGCGGGAAGUAGCGAGAAGUUGCAAUCAUAAUGUCGCCAUCGGCUUACUUUGUCAAUCAUGAAAAUACCUUUCCAGAAUCAGCGUCUCAGCGCCUGAUUUGUCACAGGCAAUGAGUUCCACGACUUUUUCACCUUAUCUGUGGCCAUAAUAAAUAAGUAUCUCAGCUUCUAAUCGAUUAUAACGUCCCGGCGCGUUGCAGGUGUGCAUUCUAACGUGAAUGCCCACGACUUAUGAGGUUGUAAACUGAUAAAGCUCCUGACACUUGCAGCCGAGAUAACGCUUUUUAUAAUAGACAUAUGUAUGCAUUUGAUUCUCGUCUGCAGUAGCACUUACUUCUCGUGUCAGGUGAUGAUUUUCCAUUUCUACUAUAGUUGCAGUGCUAAUUCUUUGAAUUCUCUUGAGCGUCCAGUCAUUAAUUUAUUUGUUUUAUGCAAUGUUAAAGUAGCUUAUAUUUGUUGUACCUGUUCUUGUACAGAUAAAAAGAGAAUACUGAGAUAUAAGUUUCAAAUUUGUUUGAAAAGCAUUGCAAUAUUCUCAAUCUUCUAAAAGUACUUAUAAGUUAAACAAAAUAAAGCUGCCGAUUUUGUCGUGACUAACAUUAUUUCGCCGUAUUCGUAAUGAUCUUUAUCGUAAACUCUUUUUGUAAUUCAAACAAAAUACUUCUUAUUUGUGAGAUACGGCUCGAUAUCCAUUUAAAAAUAUUAUAUAGUUAUUCAAAAGUUGUUAAAGCUGUCUCAUUUAACUUAUCAGAAUUCAGCCUAAAAUAAUAAAUGAAAUUCAGCCCAGCGUCAUCCCGUAAUACAAUCUUUGUUUGAAUUAAAGAAUCAAUACAGUUGCAUUUGUAUGUAUAGGUGCCUAUAUACACGAAGAGGAGAGCGCGAGGCAGCGCAUGUGUUUGUGCGCGAGAGAGGGAGGGAAUAAGCGAGAAAGAGAGCAUGCGAAUAAUGCGAGGGACUGCGGCCGUGCAACUAUAGUGAUCAGACUAUAACGACACGCCGUGAAUAUUGUGAUCCUAAACUGAGAACUUUAAUAUUAUAAGUGGAGAUUUAACUACUGUAAAGGAAGGAGAAACUAACAAAUCAUGGAUAAAAAUGAGAAAAAACAGGUCAACAACCCGAGACAGGGCGCCAAUCCCUUAUCGGUCAUUACAUUCAAAUGGCUACUGGGAACGUUUCUUUUGGGAAACAAACGAGAAUUGGAAGUGGAUGAUCUUUACUCACCUCUCGACGAACAUUCUAGUCGACUUUUGGGUAAUAAGAUGUCUCGGCUGUGGAAACAAGAAGAAGAAAGAUGCGAAAAAUCGAAUAAAAAGUCUACUCCGAGUUUGCUUAGAGUACUUGUAAGGUGUUUCGGCUGUGAUAUUAUGGUGUUUGGAAUGUUCUUGGGCAUUCUCGAAUUUGUCGUAAAAAUUACUCAACCUAUAAUUUUGGCUAAUUUACUGAAAUAUUUUAGCGGCAAGCAUAGAAUGGAACAGACCGAAGCCUUUUUCUGGGGCACAGGAAUAGUACUUGGCGUUCUCUUGGAUUGUGUUAUUAGUCAUCCUACUUUCCAGGGUUUAAUGCACAUGGGAAUGAAAAUAAGAAUAGCUUGUUGUUCGCUCAUUUAUAGAAAAAUUCUGAGGGUUUCAAAAGUUGCAGCCGAGGGUGAAACAAGUAUUGGACAGAUGAUUAAUCUCUUGAGUAAUGACGUCAACAGAUUAGACUACUCGGUAUUUUCGCUGCAUUACAUAUGGAUAGCACCUAUUCAAACAGCACUUAUUUCGUACUUGCUAUAUAGAGAAGUAAACUUAGCAGCAGCUGGGGGAAUUUUAACUCUUUUACUGUUUAUACCAGUACAUGGAUGUUACGGAAAAUUGGCUUCGUAUUUGACUCUAAAGUUGGCUUACAGAACGGACGAGCGUCUACGACUUACUAAUGAAAUUAUAAACGGCGUUAAAGUCAUCAAAAUGUACGCAUGGGAAAAACCGUUUGCGUUCCUCGUCGAUAAAGCUCGAGAGAAAGAAGUUAAAAUCAUUAGAAACAAUUCUAUGGCCAAUGAAAUAUGUUGGUCAUUUGAAAGUUACAUUCCUAGAGUCUGCCUUUUUGUCACUGUGCUGGCUUAUGUAUUGUUUGGAAGUAACAUUGAUGCAGAAAAAAUUUAUUUGGUAACGGCUUACUACAACGUUCUACGUACAACCUUAUAUCGUUCUUUCCCACUGAGUAUACGAGAAAUCGCCGAAGCUCUUGUUUCCGUGAAAAGACUUCAAAAGUUCUUGUUAUUCGAAGAGAUUGAUUAUAAACCAUUGUCAAACAAUAACAACGUCAAUUCUGAUAAGCAAGACAAUGGUAUAGCUCUUUCAUUUUCAAACGUCACUGCCAAAUGGAAGGAUGAAUCCAAAUUUGAACCUCUCAAAGAUAUGACGUUCGACAUAAAAACAGGAUCCCUCACUGCCAUAGUAGGACAAGUAGGAGCCGGCAAGACGACUCUGUUUCACGCAAUACUUAAAGAAAUACCUAUAACGCGCGGAAAGAUGUUAAUUAAUGGAAAGGUUUCUUAUUCCAGUCAAGAGGCAUGGCUAUUUGCGUCAUCAAUAAAACAAAAUAUUCUAUUUGGCAAACCAAUGAAUAAAGAGCGUUACGAAAAAGUUGUCGAAGUGUGCCAAUUGAAACGAGAUUUUCAAUUAUUGCCGUAUGGCGAAAAUACUCUGGUUGGCGAGAGGGGAAUUAAUUUGAGCGGCGGUCAAUGUGCUCGAGUUAAUCUAGCUCGUGCCGUCUACCAUGAUGCUGAUAUUUAUCUCUUAGACGAUCCACUUUCUGCCGUCGAUACGCAUGUUGGCAAGGGCAUUUUUGAUGAUUGCAUUCAAACUUUUUUAAAAGAUAAAACAGUUGUCUUAAUAACUCAUCAAUUCCAUUAUUUGAAGCACGUUGAUAGAAUUAUCAUACUUGCUGAUGGUGCUAUACAAGCCGAGGGAACGUAUCAUGAUCUUCUCAAUUUAGGUCUCGAUUUAACGAAAAUGAUGAAACUAGAUAGCGAAUCUGAUGAAAUACCUGAUAAUGUUCAAAUGCCAGCUAAAGAAAAUAUAGCGACAGCCGACGCUUCGACUUUAAAUCAAGAGGAAGAAGAACAAUCAGAAUCUAGGACACUCGGCAAUAUCUCCGCAAAAAUCUAUAUGCGUUACUUUGGCGCUGCAAAAAGUAUAUGUCUCGUUUUCUUUGUAUUUUUAAUAAGUGUGAUUUGUCAAGUAUUAUCUAGCGGUGCAGAUUAUUUUAUCACUUAUUGGGUAAACUUUGAAGAGACGCACGAUAACUUCACCUCGGCUAGUGCUGACGAUCCUUUAAGAGGACGUAGUUGGUUUAUUUAUAUUUAUGGCUCUAUAACCAUUUUAACGAUUUUUGUAACGCUUGCUCAAGCUUAUACAUUCUUCGACAUGUGCAUGAGAAUAUCAAGAAAUCUACAUGCUCUAAUGUUUCAUAGUAUAGUUCAUACAACGAUGGCUUUCUUCAACGCUAAUCCUAUUGGGCGCAUAAUGAAUAGGUUUUCAAAAGAUAUGGGUGUUAUCGACGCACGAGUUCCACAAACGAUAAUCGAUGUAACGCAAAUUGGCCUAUACACCUUUUCUGUAGUAGCUAUUGUUUCUAGCGUUAACCCUUGGUUUCUCAUACCAGCUGCCAUAAUUGCUGUAGUGGCAGGUUUUGUUAGAAAGUUUUAUAUAAAAACCAGCCGAAGUAUUAAGAGAUUGGAAGGAAUAACCCGCUCGCCAGUUUUUAAUCAUUUAAGCGCUAGUGUGCACGGUCUCACAACUAUUCGAGCUUUGAAUGCUCAAGACACACUGACGAAGGAGUUUGAUAACCAUCAAGAUUUACAUUCCUCUGCGUGGUUCAUAUUCUUCUCAGGGUCAAGAGCAUUUGGCUUUUAUAUUGAAUUUCUUUGUAUGAUUUUCACAGGAGUUGUCACUUAUACUUUACUUUCCUUAAGUGACAUCGCUUUAGCUGGAGAUGCCGGUCUCGUAAUCACACAAUGUAUACUACUAACGGGUAUGCUACAGUGGGGUGUCCGACAAACAGCAGAAUUAGAAAAUCAAAUGACGUCAGUUGAGAGAAUUUUAGAGUAUUUGAAUCUACCGCAAGAACCAGCGUUAGAAAGAAAGCCAGACAACAGACCUCCAGAAAAAUGGCCUCAAAAAGGUCAAAUUAUUUUUGACAACGUUAUUUUAACUUACGAUCGGCAGGAGAAACCAGCUUUGAAAAAUUUACAAUUCAUAGUUGAGCCUAAUGAAAUGAUAGGUAUUGUUGGCAGAACAGGAGCAGGCAAAUCUUCUAUAAUCAACGCAAUAUUCCGUUUGGCUGAUCUCGAGGGAGAAAUUUCAAUUGACAACGUAGCGACGAGUAAAAUAUCUCUACAAGAUUUGAGAUCCAAAAUCAGUAUAAUACCGCAGGAGCCAGUACUUUUUGCUGGAUCUUUAAGAAGAAAUUUAGAUCCUUUCGAAGAGUAUACCGACCACGAUUUAUGGCAAGCUUUAGAAGAUGUUGAAUUGAAAGCUUUAUUAGAUUCAGAUUUAGGUCUAAAUAUGAAAGUUAUGGAGGGUGGAUCGAAUUUUAGCGUGGGACAAAGACAACUAUUAUGUCUAGCACGAGCCAUCGUGAGAAAUAAUAAGAUAAUGGUACUUGACGAAGCCACUGCCAAUGUUGAUCCUCAAACAGAUGAGCUUAUUCAAAAAGCUAUCCGAAGAAAAUUCGUGAAUUGCACUGUACUUAUCAUUGCACAUCGUCUCAAUACAGUAAUGGAUAGCAGUAAAAUACUUGUUAUGGAUGCUGGACAAGUUGUGGAAUAUGAUCAUCCCUAUAAUUUGCUCCAACGCAAAGACGGCGCUUUUUACAACAUGGUGCAACAAACUGGUGCUUCUACCGCUGAAAAUCUUCUAGAAAUAGCUAAAUUUAAUCACCAAAGUAAAUUGAAAAAAUUACAAGAAUAAGUACAAAUCGAUCAUCAAUAUUUCACACGUCAUAACUUUCAUACUGGUGUAUACCGUGUAUACAAAAUGCAAUUUCACACAAAAUAAUCAUUGAUAGCAUUACGAUUUUUAACGAGCCUCUGAAAGUAAGUCAAUUAACUAUACAACCAACAAAGCCUAUGCAAAAUAUUUUGUAUGCAUUUUAGUAAAUAAUUUUGUAUAUAACAAAGACUGUACGAAGAAUUUUCCUAGAUCUAAAGUCAAUAUUAAAGUAAAAGCGAUAUAUACGUUUUAAAGCUUAGGCUGUCAAGUAUUAUUAAAAACCAGUAGUUUAGGUAUUAAAAUUAUAAUUCGCAAUGAUUAUGUUACAAAUAAAAAAAAUAUAGUUGC